CUCGCUUCCUCCUCCUCCUCCUCCUCCCUCGCUUCCUCCUCCUCCUCCUCCCUCGCUUCCCCCUCCUCCUCCCUCGCUUCCUCCCCCUCCUCCUCCUCCUCCUCCCUCGCUUCAUCCUCCUCCUCCCUCCCCUCCCCCUCCUCCUCCCUCGCUUCCUCCUCCUCCUCCUCCUCCCUCGCUUCCUCCUCCUCCUCCUCCCUCGCUUCCUCCUCCUCCUCCUCCCUCGCUUCCUCCUCCUCCUCCUCCCUCGCUUCCUCCUCCUCCUCCUCCUCCCUCUCUUCUUCCUCCUCCCCCUCCUCCUCCCCCUCCUCCCUCGCUUCCUCCUCCUCCUCCUCCUCCUCCUCCUCCCUCGCUUCCUCCUCCCCCUCCUCCCUCGCUUCCUCCUCCUCCUCCCUCGCUUCCUCCCCCUCCUCCCUCGCUUCCUCCUCCUCCUCCCUCGCUUCCUCCUCCUCCUCCCUCGCCUCCUCCUCCUCCUCCCUCGCUUCCUCCUCCUCCUCCUCCCUCGCUUCCUCCUCCUCCUCCUCCUCCCUCGCUUCCUCCUCCUCCUCCUCCUCCCUCGCCUCCUCCCCCUCCUCCCUCGCUUCGUCCCCCUCCUCCUCCCUCCCUUCCUCCUCCCUCGCCUCCUCCUCCUCCUCCUCCUCCUCCCUCGCUUCCUCCUCCUCCUCCUCCUCCCUCGCUUCCUCCUCCUCCUCCCUCGCCUCCUCCUCCUCCCUCGCUUCCUCCUCCUCCUCCUCCCUCGCUUCCUCCUCCCCCUCCUCCCUCGCU